ACCUCAGUUCAGUGCUUGGUAGUAAAUCAGAAUGAUACCUUUAACAAUAUUAGGAGCUGUUUGUUUGAGUUGGAGUUUCACAACUGCAAGCUCUCAACAGCAACCUCAACAAGUGUUACCACCACAGCAAGUAAAUCCCCCAUAUCCAGUACCAUAUGGAGCCUACCUUCAGCAGAUAGAUGCUGCGGGCGCUCAAGCACUUCCCGUCCAGCAUAGUUUUACUGUUAACCAUUCUCCAUAUACUUAUUAUCCUAGACCAGAAAUUUUUGAUCCUCCUCAAUCUUCACCACAAGCACAUAAUCAAUCACCACUAAAUCAUAACCCAUUAUUAGCAACUCAUAAUCCAUCACAUCAAGUAAAUAAUAAUCCACCAUUAGUACAUAAUAAUCCUCCACCACCACCACCACCAAAAUAUGUCGCUGAAAGACGUGAUAAUCCCAAUCCAAAUGUGCAUCCAUACAAUAAUCAACGACCAAUUCAAUUUUUGUCAAAAACUCCACAAUAUGCCCCUCAACAAAUUCAACCGAAACAACCAAAUCGACAAUUGAACCCGAGUCGUGCAGGAAUUCAAGUUGUGCCACCUCCAAGAUUGGGUAAAAUCCAAAACAAUGAUCUCCCAAUUUAUGGAAAGAUCUCCCAAGGUCGUCCACCGGUUCAACCAUUCCUUUCACAAGGUGAAAAAUUCCGUCAACAAGCUGCCGGCAAAAAUUUACCUAUUAAACCAACAGAAGAAAAGUAUUACAAUCAUCAUGACGCGCGUCGUAUUCAAGUUCCUAUUCCCCCACCAACAAGAAAUCAUCCUCAGCGACAACAGCCAAGAAGAAAACAAGAGGAGGAAGAAGAAGAGGAAGAAGAAGCCCGAGAAGACUCUGAAGAAGAAAGUGAAGAAGAAGAUGAAAGCGGUGAAGAAGACGAAAGUGAAGAGGAAGAGGAGCAUGACGAAAAAGGCGAAGCUUCGGAUCUUCCCCCAGAACACAAUCGAAGUGAAUACGAUUUCGAUAACAGAAAUUACAGACCAACCUUUGAUGCAGCUAAAUAUAUCUUCAACCGUAAACAGAAUCAGAAAAAACCGGGACAAAAAUACUACGAAGAUGAUGUACCAAAAUAUCAUAGGGAAAGAGGAUACGGAUACGUUUAUCGUAAGAACACUAAAUCAAAACCAAAAUCAAAAAGCACCGAAAUAGAAAAAUCACCAACUGAAGUAAUAACAACGACAGAACGCCCACAGUUUGCGUUUUACGAUUCUGAACCAAAAUUCAACCCUUACGAACCGUAUCAAUUUGAAACACCGAGAUUUACCGAACCUCCUAAAUUUGAAAUGCCGAAAAGAAUAAAGGCUGAGCGAGUAGAAAUUACUAAUGGAAAACCGACUUAUUAUUAUUAUAGUUCACCCGAACCCAAACCUAAUGAUAAUAAAAAUAAAAAUACUAGUACUACUAAGGAUAACAAGCCACAAGCAACAAGGAAGAAGAUGAUCAGAGAAAAAUGGUAUGUGCACACUAAAGAAACGUAG